ACACAAUAUGGCGGCGGUGGUGCUGGCCGCGACGCGGUUGCUGAGAGGCUCCAGUGCCUGGGGUCGCCCGCGGCGGAGGCUUGGGGGCCCUGCCUGCAGACCUUUCAGCAGUGGUGGGGCCUACCCCAGCGUCCCCCUCUCUGCUCCCUUACCUGGAGUGCCGCAGCCUGUUUUUGCCACGGUGGAUGGACAGGAAAAGUUUGAGACCAAAGUUACCACGCUGGGCAAUGGGCUUCGUGUGGCGUCCCAAAAUAAGUUUGGACAGUUUUGUACAGUGGGAAUUCUUAUUAACUCAGGAUCAAGAUAUGAAGCAAAAUACCUCAGUGGAAUUGCUCACUUUUUGGAAAAGUUGGCUUUUUCGUCCACCGACCGUUUUGACAGCAGAGAUGGCAUCCUACGCACCUUGGAAAAACACGGGGGCAUCUGUGACUGUCAGACGUCCAGAGACACCACCAUGUACGCUGUGUCUGCCGACUCUAGAGGCCUGGACACAGUGGUUGGCUUGCUGGCUGACGUGGUCCUGCACCCCAGGCUCACAGAGGAAGAGAUAGAGAUGGCUCGGAUGGCCAUCCAGUUCGAGCUGGAGGACCUCAACAUGCGGCCUGACCCGGAGCCCCUUCUCACUGAGAUGAUUCACAAGGCUGCCUACAGGGAGAACACGGUUGGCCUGCACCGCUUCUGCCCCGCAGAGAACAUCGCCAAGGUGGACCGGGCGGCGCUGCACGCGUACUUGAGGAGCUACUACACCCCCGACCGCAUGGUGCUGGCGGGCGUGGGCGUGGAGCACGCCCGCCUGGUGGAGUAUGCCCAGAAGUACCUCCUGGGCGCCCGGCCGGCCUGGGGCAGCGAGGUGGCUGCGGAUGUGGACCGGUCGGUGGCACAGUACACCGGGGGGGUCGUCAAGCUGGAAAGGGACAUGUCCAACGUCAGCCUGGGCCCCACCCCGUUCCCCGAGCUCACUCACAUCAUGAUAGGACUGGAGAGCUGCUCCUUCUUGGAGGCAGACUUCAUCCCCUUCGCUGUGCUGAACAUGAUGAUGGGUGGAGGCGGCUCCUUCUCGGCUGGCGGGCCCGGCAAGGGCAUGUUCACCAGGCUCUACCUCAAUGUGCUCAACAGGCACCACUGGAUGUACAAUGCAACCUCCUACCACCACAGCUAUGAGGACACGGGCCUCCUGUGCAUCCACGCCAGCGCAGACCCCCGGCAGGUGCGAGAGAUGGUGGAGAUCAUCACAAAGGAGUUCAUCCUAAUGGGGGGCACCGUGGACACGGUGGAGCUGGAGCGAGCCAAGACGCAGCUGAUGUCCAUGCUCAUGAUGAACCUGGAGUCCAGGCCUGUGAUCUUCGAGGACGUGGGGAGGCAGGUGCUGGCGACUGGGUCCCGGAAGCUGCCCCACGAGCUGUGUGCACUCAUCCGCAACGUGAAGCCGGAGGACAUCAAGCGAGUUGCUGCUAAGAUGCUUCGGGGAAAGCCGGCAGUGGCUGCCUUGGGCGACCUGAGCGACCUGCCGACCUACGAGCAUAUCCAGGCGGCGCUGUGCAGCAGGGACGGGCGCCUGCCCAGGGCCUUCCGGCUCUUCCGCUAGCCGGCCCGGGCUGUGUGCGCAUACGCGCCUCCCCGGAGGAGACUGAGUGCGGAGGUGGCGAACGUGCGAACCAGGACACUCCUCCACGCAAAUGCUCACGUCUGACGUUGCCGCGCACAGCUUCCCUCCCCCAGAACAGGAUGGGCCGCAGGCCUCUAGCACCGCGGCUCAGACCAGGGCGAGUGCAGACAGAAGCCAAGCAGCCGCUGCAGGAAAGGCAGGUCGAGUGCACACAGAGGCCCUCCUGGGCAGCCCACCGACAACGAUCUGACGCGGGGCUGCGGCUGUUGUCUUUCUCCCCUGACUGGACGGAGCUGCUCAAGGCCCGUGCGGACCGGCGGCUUUCCCAGAACAGGGCGUAGACGUAGCUGGUCCCCUUUCCACCUGAGGACCCUUCAGUCUGACCCAUGUCGCAAAGCCCCUUGCCCUUGCUUUGAAAGGUGGGUUCUGGAUUCGGAGGUGUCAGGACACAUGGGAUUGGAGGGGGCUUCUAAGAUUUAUAUGGUGGUUGGUGGUUACGUUUUAAAAGGUGGGAAGAUUCGGGAGAAGUGACAGGUUACAAGACUUCAGUGACAGGAUAGAUUUGUGGUUCUCGAACUCCAACACCCACGGAAGCCCCAGGGUUCAUGCUGGGGUCCUGGGAACCACUGCCACCCUGGGGGCAGCUCCCCAUUGCUGGAGCCUAGGGCGGUGCUCCACACUCGGUGCCGGUGCGGGUAGGUCGUGGGGAGGGGGGGAGGGCCGUCGUGCCGCUUUCUCUGGGGCCCUCGGAAGCCCGCCUCUUCGGGGCGGGAGUGGGGAGGCUGGGAGUGGAAUAAAGUGUGUGUGUGUCCCUUC